GAGUGGUUUCAGUACGUGCACACACUGUGUGUGUGUGUGUGGUAAAGGAUUCGCGCAGUCUGGCCGUGAGCUCGCGUUCAGCUUUACGGUUCAACCCCUCCCUCCCCACGUUACUGGAGCUGUCAGCGCGAAAGGCGAGUGGUUUGAUCGCUGAUCACAACGUGCUGUUUCCCCGAUGCUGCAAACGUCGCCCGGGCUGCAAACCUGCCGAGCUCCUGACGCCACAGAAUAAUUUGCAACAAUGGCUACAGAAUCCGGCACGGAUUCUGAAUUGACGAAUGUUCAGCAGGAUUCCCCACCACAGGAACAGCAACCUGUCGUACAACAAGAGUUGGCAGCCAAUAAAGAACAUAAGCCAGCAGACACCAACACUAACCAGCAGGAUCAGAAUGCUGAAAAAGAUAAGAAAGCAGAAAACAUUCCAAAAGUAGUUGAAGAGCUGGAUGCUGGAGAAACAGAUGAUGACAAAACGUCUGAAAGGACAACACCUGGCAAAACCCCCAAAUCUCCAUUAAAAGGAUCCAAGAAACCAAAGACCAUGCCAUGCAAGGUGGCCCUUCUGGAUGGCACAGAUUUUGAGUGUGAAGUGGAGAAACGGGCCAAGGGACAAGUGCUUUUUGAUCUGGUCUGCGAGCAUCUCAAUCUGCUGGAGAAGGACUACUAUGGGCUGACAUUCUGUGACUCUGAAAGCCAGAAGAACUGGCUGGAUCCUUCAAAAGACAUUAAGAAACAAAUCAGAAGUGGCCCUUGGCAUUUUGCAUUCACGGUGAAGUUCUAUCCCCCAGAUCCGACCCAGCUUUCUGAAGAUAUCACAAGGUAUUACCUAUGUCUGCAGCUGAGAGACGAUAUUAUCUCUGGACGGCUGCCUUGCUCUUUUGUGACACAUGCUCUAUUAGGGUCAUACACUGUACAGGCUGAACUGGGAGACUAUGAUCCUGAGGAGAAUGGACCUGAUUACGUCAGUGAGAUUCGCUUUGCUCCAAACCAGACAAAAGAGCUUGAGGAAAGGGUGGUAGAAUUACACAAGUCCUACAGGGGCAUGACACCAGGAGAAGCAGAAAUGAACUUUUUGGAAAAUGCUAAGAAGCUGUCUAUGUACGGAGUGGAUUUGCAUCAUGCAAAGGACUCUGAAGGAAUUGAUAUCAUGCUUGGAGUUUGUGCAAAUGGUCUUCUGAUCUACAGAGACCGAUUAAGAAUAAAUCGCUUUGCUUGGCCCAAGAUUCUGAAGAUUUCAUACAAGAGGAGCAACUUCUACAUUAAAAUCAGACCUGGAGAAUAUGAACAAUUUGAAAGCACCAUUGGUUUCAAGCUUCCAAAUCAUCGAGCUGCCAAGAGACUCUGGAAAGUCUGCAUCGAACACCACACAUUCUUCAGACUUGUGUCCCCUGAGCCACCACCUAAGGGAUUCCUUGUGAUGGGCUCAAAGUUCCGUUAUAGUGGGCGUACACAGGCUCAAACAAGGCAAGCCAGUGCUUUAAUUGAUCGGCCGGCACCCUAUUUUGAACGCUCCUCAAGCAAAAGAUAUACAAUGUCAAGGAGUCUAGAUGGAGAGUUUUUCCGUCCAGCUUCAGUUGGGGAAAAUCACGAUGCACUUUUGAAAGAGUCAACAAAAGACGCAAGCGAAACUUCAAGGACAGAGACUCCAGACACAACACAGUCAGACAGCAAGAAAUCCUCCCAGAAGUCAGAAAAAAAUGAGGAAGUGACCACACCAACAAAAAUUAAAGAAAUGAAGUUCCUGGACAAAUCAGAAGAUGUACUCUUGAAGCAUCAAGCCAAUAUCAAUGAACUAAAACGAACUUUGCAGGAAUCCACUAGUAUUAAGCUAAGUCAUGGUGACCGGGAAAAAAAAUUAACUACUUCCCCAUCUUCAUCAAAACCCAAAGACAAAGAGCAGGAGGAGUCACAGAAGCUCCAGCAGUCUGCGAGAGCUGAAGAGGAGGCGAAGGAAGAGCCUACUUCUCAAGUGGGUGCCAUUGCCUUAUCUCUGGAAGCUUCAGCAAAGAAAAGCCUUGCAUCUUCCCCUGAGACUAAACCUCCUGCUCUUGAAUGUGCCUUGGAAGACAGGGAAGUAAAACCCUCGCAGGAAGCUUCAAAAUCUCCAGGGAAGUCACCAGUAAAAGGAGAGACGUUCGAAAAUACUGUUACUUCACAGAACACUGAAGCAAAGCAGGAACCACAAAGAAGGUCCAUGGUAACCAAACAGGAAUCUGAAGAAGUUAUGGAGCAGAUGCAAGAACUUGUGACCCAGCCAUUGGCGACAAAGGAGAUAGGUGUGGAAGCAGGCCACAAACAUUCAAACGUCCUGCUAAAUUCGUCAGGAAAUAUUGAAGCUGAGAAAGAAUUUGCAGUACCAGAUAAAGUUGAGGAAGUAGAUGGAAUGUUAGAAGUGAAAAAGUUACCAACUCAAACAAAGAUGUCUAAACAAGAAAGAACAGACAGUGCCACCUCUGAAGUUAAUGUCAAUACCCUGGCUGAGAAAAGUACUGAAAGAGAGCCUGCUCAAGAGGAUGGGAAGGACCAGCAGAAGAGCAUUGACCAUGAACCUGAAAUCUCUGAAGAAAAACCUCAACAGGAGGAUGUUAUGAAAACAAAAACUGGACUGCCAAGUGCUGUACCCACUGGAAAAAGGGAAACUUCCUCCAAAGAAACAUCUUCACCUGUUGAGACAAAGUCAAUCACCAAAACCCAGGUUACCAAUAUCCCAGAUCUGGCAAAUGAAACUGUAACAAGUUCACAAAGUGUCAUCUCAGAAACUGUAUCCACAUCAUUUGUGGACAGUGGCAGUGGAGCUACGAAUGUAACAAGCUCUCAGUCUGUGACUUCUGAAACCAUAUCCACAUCAACCACUACUCAUAUCACCAAGUCAGUGAAAGGAGGAUUUUCAGAAACCAGGAUUGAGAAAAGAAUCAUCAUCACAGGUGAUGCUGACGUUGACCAAGACCAGGCUCUGGCUCUUGCAAUUAAGGAAGUGAAACAGCAACACCCCGACAUGCUCGUAACAAAAGCUGUGGUUUAUAAAGAAUCAGAACCCGAAACAGAGCAAAAUGCAAAGGAAUCAAAGGAGUAAUAAUGAACAAGUGAAAGUCCUCAAAACACCGUGAAUAACAGAAUGGAAUCAACGGAUGCUUUUAUCAGCACAGACUUUCUCUGCCUUGUUAGUUUACAGAAGAACCAGGAAAGAAUAUCAAUAUCAAUGUAAAAAUAUACUCCUGCUGUGCAAAAAAAAUUCAGUUCCAACUACAAGAAAAUAAAAUAUUUUCAAGUAGAGAAAACGCAUGUUUUGAGGGGAGAAAGAAAAUCAAAGGAAAACUAGAACCUCUAACCAUCAUUCCAAAGUAUAUGAGCUUUUCCAGCAAUCAGAAUCCCACUUGGGAAUACCAUUCAUGGAGAUGGAAGAGAAAUCUUGCAACUAAUGUUUAAUAAUACAUGCUUUGCAAUGGAUGUCAACUUAAUUUCCUCUUUUUUUGAUCUGCUAAAGACAGUCAGCAAUUAUCAUACAAAUUAUUCGAUGGAAAUGAAUGGCACAUAUUGGUUCCCAAUUUGAAUUUGCAUUAAUUUAUACUGAAAAACGCUUAUCUGGUUAUGUAAAGAUUGGAUGUAUUUCUCCUCUGAACUUUGUAAUAUUCAAAUGGUAACCUGGUAUUGGUUUUUAGCUAAUACUUGGUUUGGCAGAAGUUUGUGUUUUUGUAAAUUAAAAAAGACGUAAUUAUUUGAAAGUGAAUAAUUUUAGGCAAAUGAGGUUUCACAGAUGUCUUAAUCAAAAGAUAGUGGAUAGAGGUUUGUUAGCACACACCUAGCUGUUACAAGUGAUAUCUAUAGGAAGAUACUCAAACUAGUGGUUCAGUAAAAAUACUUAGCAAUGGUUCACAAAGGACAGAAUUUUUCAUUCUGAUCAACUUCCUCACUACUCCGAGGCACCACAGGCAUGUGGUAUCUAUUCUCAUAGCUUGUUCUAAAUCCUUCAAGAACUGUUAGAAGAAUUUAACUUCUUUGUUAAUAGUAAAGCCAACAAAGGAAUAUUAUACAUUGCUGAUUAUACACAUGAGCUGCUUUAACUAUCUAGCAUGACAAAGGACAUCAGAACUCAAGAUUAGUACUGAAGCACUUGUGAGUUCUGCCUAUUUAAUUACGUGCUGUCACAUAAGAUAUUAAAUGCCAUGUGCAUGCUUAGAUGAUGCAACGGACAGCUGAGAGAAGCAGAAGAUUUGCACAGUUGGCAUUUAAUCAGAUGUAGUUUGUUUGUUUACCAUUGCUAAAUAUAUUUUUGAUAGGAUCGUUUUAGUGACUUACCCAAUAUUUUAAACUGAACAUGAGUGAUGAAGUAUUUGAGAAUAUUUGCAAUUGUAUCAACAGCAGACAUGAAUCUAUGUGUGCAUGAGUGCAUUAAAACACCAUAAUACAGAUAUGAAAUGCUCCAUAAUUGCUUUUCUCCCCCUACAGCUCAAUGGUAUGUGUUCAUUGUAUCCUUUUACCUUCAUAGUGAAAUAAAUGUGCCAGAUGCAUCUCCUGUGCCCAUUCCUUUGUUAUAUAUUUGAUAGGCUAUAGAACAUAGAGAUUUGUUGUAGUGGACACCAAAGCUGUGAAUCAACUGUAGGAUUGUUGCACUAUGGGAAUUAGUGGGUUAGAAUACCUGUACCAGUCUUAAAAUCCAGAGCAUUGAAACACAACUGUGAGAUGCUUAUAUACAGUGCUAAGGGAUGACUUUUCAGAGUUUUCAUGGCCAGUACUGAAAUUUGCCUGAUUGGCCCCACACAUAUUGAGCAAUGGUGCUGUUCAAGGUUUUCAUUCAGUAUCACCGCGAUUUUUGGUAUGGUGAGGUUUCCUACUGGCAGGACAACUUCAGAAUAUGUUCCUUUGUCUGAAAUUCCUCUCUCUGCAAAUCUAUGCUGGCACAUUUUAAAUGAAUUACUGACACUUUUAAAGUAAUGGAAAGAGGGAUUUCAAGCACAUUUUGAAUUUAUUCACUAGGAUCCUUCUGUGUAAUUUCAUUUUUUUUUCAUCUCUACAGUCUGAUUUGGGGUGAUUUGAAGUUAAUUUCUAAAAGCUGAGGAGUCCCUUUGAAGAAAAGAAGCAGAUCAAUUUUGUAGGCUGUCCACUAUAUUGAAGGGUUAACAAAAACAAAAAUAUGGUGUACAAUUUUAGUGACUCAACGUCUUGCCAAUUUACAAAGGUAGCUCUGAUCAACAAAAAUCAAGUUUUCAGCAACAAUGGUACAAAUUCAAUUUCAUAUCUCUGAGUACCUUGUGCAUACCUGAACAUGAUCGAUGUAUGAUAUUAGGAAAGCUUUAGCACUAUGUAAAGUCUUAAUGUGUUUUGAUGUAGACACCGUCCAACGGCUUAGCAGUCAUGUAGGUGGGGGCCGAAGGGGUGCCAAAGCAACUUGACCUCAAUAGUACAAUGUCCAGAAAACUACCUAAUGUAAAGUGGUAGCUGGCUGACAAAAGAAACUGAAAUUCUGGGCAGCUGUAGACCCCUAGAUGAGAACUGAAGCACUACUCUCUAGCACAAUUAAGUGAAUGGGUAGGGUUUCACUACAAGGCAUAGAGGCUUGGGGUGAGACCUGAGGUGGGAAAGACUCCUGGAGUAGGAGAGGUCUAGACACACCUCCGUGGACAUAGAGGAUCAAUUCCAUAAGGUGUUCUUUGAGUCAUUGCAGGCCUCAGCUCCUCUCCUGUCCUCUCGAGGUUGGCCCACCAGCAAGUCCCUGUGCAAGCCUGUGUUUAAAACAGCAGUUGAGACAUGACUAUUAGAUUAAAGCCCAGUGUGCAUAUUUGCCCUGGCAGGUGCUCUUCAUAUCCAUUCAGAAGAGGAGGUCAAAAUGGGAAACUGAAAAGAGAACACACCUUGAGCAGUUAAGUCUCAAAUUAUUUUAAAUACACAGAUUCCAAUGAGUAGGCAAUGUUAAAAAUGCACCCAUUCUCCACUUUCUAGAAAGUGCGUGAAGUAAUUCUAAAAUCCAUUUUAGAUUUGGGAUGCCAAGAGUGAAACCGUAGAGCAGUUGUUAAUUUUUGUUUUUCUAUUUAUGGAGCACUGACUUAAACAUUUUGAAAUAAGUGAAGAAUGUAAGAAAACAACUUUCGCACAAGGUCAGAGAAAUUAUUAAAUGAAGAAAACAUUAAAUAAUUAUGGAAGUGAAACCAUAGAAAAAAAAACUAUAUUCCAUGAGCAAUGCAAACCUAUCAUGGAUCAUAGUUCAUUAAAAUUUAGGUUUUGGGCAAGAUCAUUGGAAAAUGAACCAAAGCUUUUCUUGUUUCCUUUGCUGUUUCAUGCUUUUUCUGAGUCUCUGGAUUAUUGAAUAUUUACUUCAUAUUUUUCCAUGAUUUUUUUCCAUUUUUGUAGUGUUUUAAAUCCUUUCUUUCCAUUAACCAUUUGUAAGUUUUGAUAUUCUCAAUUUUUUUUUCUAUCUGUAUUCCAAACCAUUAGCUUUGUUUGUUGAUGAAUUAUUUUAUCAGUAUUGUAUUUUGGAAAAGUGGGAUUUACUUUUGUAAAUGCUGUAUCUAAACCAAAAGGUAGAUGGAAGUGUCAAUGACUUUUAUGUUACCAUUAUCUUAAUAAAAUGCAGUAACUGUUGGAUAAUUAUUUUUUUAAAAAUCCAAACGUCAUUUUCAAUGCUACAUAGGAGUGCUUUGCAGAAAGGCUGUUGACUUUUUCAUCAAAACUGCAGUUAGUUUAAAUUGGUGAUUUAGCUCAAAUUGUGUUUUAAAAGGAUGAAAAGAUGGAGUUAAUAAGUGAGUGUAGCAGUUUUCCAUGUGAGGGUAGUAAUUUAUGGUUUAAUGUUCAUUCAGAACUUUUGUUUUAUUUUCAUAAAAUGAUGCAAAACAGGGAAUGAGGUCAUUUGAUCCAUCAUUUCUGUGUUGGCUCUGAAAGUUGUAACUGAACUUUCUAAGCCAAGUUUUAAACAUAAAUAAAACAUAAGCUGUAUGUGCAACUCAA